AUGAAAAUACGAGGUGGUGGACUAUCUAUUUCACGUCGUAUAUUGAUCCUGUGCCUACUAUUGGCUGUAAUUAGCUAAGUAGGUUUAUGCGUAAGUGCCAAGUAAAGAACUAAAUAGAAAUAAACAUAAAAAAAUGCUGAAUAAGCUGUGGUAUCAAAUAGUGAUAUCAACCAAAUUGAAUUGAAUAGUAAUGAAAUAAGCAAUAAUAGUAUCAUAGAAGAUCAAAAAAGGGAAUAAGAAAUAUUCUCUCAGUAAAAAAAUGUAAGAAAAGAAGAACAAAAAUUAGUCGAUAAGUAAGAAAAAAUGGGAGUCUUCGCUCUUGUACAAAAACAAGUAGGUAUCCUUAAAUCUGUAUACAUGAAUUACUAUUCAAAGCUCACAAUCCAUCUUGGAGGUUAAAAAGACAUUUACAUAGCCAUAUUGGCUACUAUAAUGGUCUUUUUUGUAAUUUUUAUGACACUUGCCAACAAUAAGUAGGAUUUCCCUUUCCUUCGCAAUCUUGAUUUGCAAUAAGCUUUCCAAACUAAAUCUCAUUACGAAAAGAAAAAGAAGCAAAUUGAAGAAGACGAAUAAUUUUACAAUAGCUAUAACUUGAGCAAUUCAAACAAUAAAUCAAUCAAUAAUAGUGAAGGAGAUUCUUAUUUGAGUGCUAGUGAUUACAAGUUGCAGAGACAGUAAGUUGAUAUUCUAAAUGCUCUUGAGUGGUAAAGGAUGAAGGACAGAGCACUAAAAUACACUUCCUUUGAAAACAACCCUUUAAAUAAACAGUGCAGAAUUAAUUACGAGCAAAAUAGGAUUAAAAAAAUAGAUGAAACAAUUGAUUUCCAUGAAAACAAUAUCGAUAUUAAUGAUUUAUUAAAAGAAUUGGACAAUUAGUCUAUGAUUGAAAGCAAAAAUUCUUGCAUUUCAUCUAUUACAUCGAAUGUCUCACCUUAAACUAACACAAUUGUUGUUUGA